CCUCCACGACGCGGGUUCCCGGCUCCCCGCCAUGGCGUCGGAGGGCCGGCGGGAGCCCCGAGACGAGGGCAGCAUGAAGUUAUCUGCAGAUGUCAAACCCUUUGUUCCCAAGUUGACAGGGUGCCAUGUGACCUGGUCGGGGUCCUCGGGAGCCUGCGCUGUCCCCAGCUACCCUGCUCCAGAGCAACCAGUGACUGAACAGAAAAUCUAUCCUGGAGGUAUGAGUUUUGGAGCCUCAGCUCUUCCUCCUCAGUAUGCAUCUUGUGAGAUGGCCCUGCAGCCAUAUGCCUAUUCCCCUUACACGCUGGAGUCUACACGCAAUGUUUGCUCACUGCCCGGCACCCAUUAUGAAUAUAACCAGGCCAGCUGUUACCCAGGCUCUCAGUCAGUGAGGCCCGGUGAGGAGCUUGCGUGCCCCCUCCCGCAAGACACAUUAUCGCCCUCUAAGGAAAAAGCCUUCGCUGGGAAGAAAACAUAUGAUGAGGAAUUUGCAAGUAAAAGGGCUGAUGCAAGAUCAUGUGAGAUGAAGUCAGCUAGAGGUUCCCGCUUGCCUGCUCACACUCAUAGCUGGAAAUCGGAUGGUUAUGAUAAACGAACAGAUAGGAAAUCCAGAAUCAUUACAAAAAAUGCAUCUACCUCCAAGUCUGAGUUUGAAUUUAGCAGUUUGGAUUUUCCUGAACUACAGGGUCCAGAAAACAGAAACAUGCCACCGCCGUCACCCACCUGGGGACCUCUGUGCUCCGCCUCUGCUGGUGCUCCUGCCUUGCAAGUGGGCAAGCCUACCACCAUGCUGGAGGGUGAAAUAGUGAGAAAAAAUAAUAACCGAAAUGAGUCUGUAACCGACAGUGCUGUUACCAGUGUCGCUUCAUGUGCAAGAGAAUUAUCUUGGACACCAAUGGGUUAUAUUGUUCGGCAGACAUUAUCUACAGAACUGUCAGCAGCCCCUAAAAGUGUUCCUUCCAUGACAAACCUUAAGACCGUUGCUUCAUCAGCAGAUGCUAAAAGUGUUAGUAUGUCGUCUUCUGAAGUCUCAUCUCCGGAUCCCUCCUACAACACAGAGAAGCAUGUUGCCCAUCCUGCUGCAAAGUUCAAAGCAUCACAGGGUGGCAACGUUGAACAAAAUGUGUCCUCAAGAAAAGCUAAGAAGAAGAAAGAAAAGUCUCAGUCAAAGUGCGAAGUCCUGACAGUUCAGGAGCCACCGAGGAUUGAAGAUGACGAGGAGUUUCCCCAUCUGGCACUUGCAUCUGCGAGAAGAGACAGAGUAGAGCCACCGCAGUGUCAGUCUAAGGACCCACCACAGAAUACAUUUAAAAAUACUGGAAAGAAGAGCCAGGUCCCAGUACGGCUGGAUCUGGGCGGCAUGCUGACUGCACUGGAGAAGCAGCAGCGCUCCCAGCAGGCCAGGCAGCCUUCCAAAGCCGUGGUGUUCUCAGUUGGAGCAGUGCCAGUCCUUUCCAAGGAGGCUACCUCAGGAGAGAGGGGCCGCCGCUUCAGCCCAGUGAAGACCCCGCACAAUCCCCUGGACUCCAGCGCCCCUCUGGUAAAGAAGGGGAAACAGAGGGAGGUCCCGAAGGCCAAGAAGCCAACCUCGCUGAAGAAGAUUAUUUUGAAAGAACGGCAAGAGAGAAAACAACAGCGUCUCCAGGAGAACACUGUGAGCCCUGCUGUUGAUGAACUGCAGGAUCCAGAGAGCUGUGCUGAGGAUCAGGCUUCUGGCCAGGCUGAGCCAACAGGUCCACUGGGAGCUGACAGAGCAGUCUCCAGGCCCGUGGUUGAGGUCAAGUCAGAAGAGCCUUUGGGCACAGAGUUGCUGCGGGACACAGAGGCCUGCCAACCUGCUCCUGACCAUGCCAGCCUCCCCAAGAUCCACAGCCGGAGAUUCAGAGAUUACUGCAGCCAGGUGCUGAGUAAAGAAGUAGAUGCUUGUGUCACUGAGCUACUCAAGGAACUGGUCCGCUUCCAGGACCGGAUGUACCAGAAGGAUCCCGUCAAGGCCAAGACCAAACGUCGCCUGGUACUGGGCUUGAGGGAGGUUCUCAAACACCUGAGGCUCAAGAAGCUGAAGUGCGUCAUCAUUUCUCCCAACUGUGAGAAGACACAGUCAAAAGGUGGGCUGGACGACACCUUGCACACUAUUAUUGAUUAUGCCUGUGAGCAAAACAUUCCCUUUGUGUUUGCACUCAACCGCAAGGCUCUGGGACGCAGUUUGAACAAAGCAGUUCCUGUCAGCGUGGUGGGCAUCUUCAGCUACGAUGGGGCCCAGGACCAGUUUCACAGGAUGGUUGAGCUGACAAUGGCGGCUCGGCAGGCAUACAAGAACAUGCUGGAGAAUGUGCAGCAUGAGCUGGCCGCAGAGCCAGGGCCUGAGACCCCUCUUCAGCCUGUGCAGGGACCUAGUUCCUCGUCAGAAGAUGGCUCUGCAGCCCCCACUGAAACACAAGUGCCACACUACAUUGAAGUCUGGAGAAAACACCUGGAAACGUACAAUCAGUAUGCCCUGGAGCUGGAGCAAACACUGGAGGCUUCAACUGCUCACAUGAGGAACUUGAAGUUGUAAGAGGGGAUCUUUCCAGGGUAGCUGUGUCUCCAGUAAGGAGGCAGGAGGUCUGAAAAAGACGAUGGGACUUUUCCUCCUUCUCAGUUCUUUACUCUUAUAUCCUGUAUGGUUGUUGAGUGUGGGAAUGAGCUGGCUGGAGAGGGCGCGUAAAGCAGUGGCUUCCACCACUUUAAAUCCCAUGGUUGUUGGGAUAUGCUUGGGGGAGUCUCUUCUGAAAGCUGGGAA